AUGGCGAGCAACAGUGACAAUGCAACUCAGGAGGCAAUACGACAGUAUCUAUGUUGUAGACAACAAUUAAUCAGGCUUGCUGCUGCAGAAGUGAUUCAUCAGAGCAUCUCAACUGUCUCACCUGGCAUACAAUCCAUGUAUUCUGAUCCAUUUCGUGGAUUUCAAUUUACCACUCAGUUGUUGGAUCCUACCUCCCACCCACUGCGUAUUAAGAAUAUGACACGGAUGAGUGCCAGUACGUUCAUUGCACUGGUUGAUCGGCUGAGAAGUAAUACCGAUAUUCGCGAAUCCGAAGCAAUACAUGCCAUAAAGAUUGAGCAGAAGGUUCUCAUAUUCUUGUAUAUUACGACACAGGGGGUGAGCUAUCGGAACACUGCAGAGAUAUUUCAUCAUUCAUUAGACACAAUAUCCAAAGUCUUUCAUGAGGUUUUGGAAUCGCUCUGCGUACUCUAUGAGCAUUAUGUCAAGAUGCCCGAAUCCCCAAUGGAAUAUAGCAAGAAAGCUCUUGGUUCAAAUCCACGAUAUUGGCCUUUCUUCAAAGGAUGUAUUGGAGCUCUAGAUAGGACUCAUUUACCUAUUUUUAUCCUUGAUCAAGCAAUCUCAGAUGCUGGCUAUUCGCAGAAAUCCAGCUUGAUGUUGGUUCCAUAUUCAGGAGUUCGAUAUCAUCUAAAGGAAUGGGAAAAAGCGAAUUCUCAACCUGUCAAUGCUUCAGAGCUAUAUAAUCUUCGCCAUGCGAGCUUGCGAGGUGUAAUUGAGUGUGUGUUUGGGGUGUUUAAACGGCGAUUUCAAAUCUAUGAUCGAUGUCGAGAUGGAUUCUCUAUAACAACUCAAAUUGACCUGGUUUUUGCGUUAGCAGCGGUUCAUAACUUCAUGAAUCACUAUAAGGAAAUGGAUGAGCUUACUCAAUAUGAUGAGAAUUCUGAUAUUGAGGAGGAAAGAAGAGAAACGGUUCCUGCAGAUGUUCAAGAGAAUGGUGAUGAAAUAAUGAAAAAACGGGAUGAUAUUGCUAAGCAGAUGUGGAAGCAGUAUAAGGAAUAUCUGAGUGGGAAUCAUAAUAACAAUUAA